UUUCUCUCUGGUUCGCUGUGCGAGUCUCUAAACCCCUUUUGGAAUUUGGGGGUUUCCAAUUUCCCAAUUCUCCAUAGCCCUAGAAACCCUAAUUAGGAGGUAGCAUACCCAAUUCUUGCUCAGCAUGAAGAGGACAAUGCCAUGGAGUGAGGAUAGUGAUUCAUCGGAUUCACAUUCAGAGUCUGAAGGCGACGAUGGAGUUGGCAAGAGAAAAGCUGGGCAAGGCCAACCCUCCAAGAAAACAGCGUCACAAGUGAUAUCUGGGAAGCGAAAGAGCAAAGUUGUGGACUUUGAGGCAUUGAAGCAAUAUGGGUACAAAGGUGGGCCGUCUGUGCUGAGCGUGCCCCCACCAAAAGAGCCCGAGAAGGAGCCAAACUGGUCUUGGUCUACCGGUAGGGAGGACAAUAAGGAGGGUGCUAAUGGUGGAACCAAGAAGGGAAAUGAAGGAGAAGAAGAAUCUUAUGAGCAACGACAGAAGACGAGGGCUGCAUUGGCCUCCGGGGAGCAGCUAGAACAUGUGCUAACGCGGAACGACAAGAAAAACCUGUCGUUUUCGCAGAAGGAAAAGAGGAAAAGAGAGCUUGGUCAGGCAAGCAGGGGAAAGAACUAUGUUGAAGAAGAGAAGAGGUUGUUGAGGGAGAGUGGUGUUUACUCUGGUUUUGAUACUUAAGACCUCUGCUGUACUUUCACCUCUGCAUUUUGUGUUAAAUUGUAAUAUGAGAAUUUAUCGGUUUCUUGGAUCACAAUCUCUUCCGUUUUGCUUAAUUGUUGCUUCACCAUUUGGCA